AGCAAUACGGUCACACCUCACAAAACAGCUGUCUACGGCGGCCUGGUUAUUUAACUCGAGUGGAAUAGCCAGAGAUUCAAUAAAAUAAAUUCUGAAUUAGAAUUAGAAAUGAGACACGCUCAAUUCAUAGCACGCACUGUGUUUGUGCACAACAACAACGUGGAGGAGGCAUGCCGUCUUCUUAACCGCAUACUCGGCAAGGAAGAAAUCUUCGAUCAGUUCCGCCGCACGCGCUUCUAUGAGAAGCCCUACCAGGUGCGUCGUCGUGUUAAUUUUGAGAAGUGCAAAGCCAUCUACAAUGAGGACAUGAAUCGUAAAAUUCAAUUUGUGCUACGAAAGAACCGUGUGGAUCCGUUUCCAGGCUGCAAUUAAAUUUACAUGAUUUAUUGUUUUGCCGUUGUUUUUUAAAUAAAUCUAAAACAUAGUUAAAAAACAAA